GCCGCCGCGAUUCCCCGCGUUCCCGGAGGCCGGCGAAGGUAAGGGGCGCGGGGCGCGGGGCGCGGCCUCCGGGCGCUCGUGCCUGUCCGGGCGGCGUGCGAGUCUCUCUCCGCCUCGCAGGGCUGGCCUUCGGGGCGCUGGCGCUCUCGCCCAGCCAGGACCGGGACCGGGACGGGGACCCGCGCCAGGAGCAGGACCGGGACCAGGCCGAGGAGGAGCCGGAGGGCCGCGGCUGCGAAGAAGACCAAGAUAAAGCAGGCUGGGACGCAGUAAGAAAAUCCAGAAGUGAUUAUCCUGAAGGUUCAGGCGUUGUGUCCAGCCGUGUUCCUGGAAUAGUGCAACUCAAUAAAGAAGCUCCUGAGAGCCCAGUUUCUGCAUGCCUGCCCCAGGAGAGUAUGCCACCAGCGAAGAGUCCUCCUUGGCCGUUAGGGGACGUUGAGCCUGUGUCUUCUACGCAGGAGGACAUGUUUGGCCAGAACAGCGCAACAGCUCCAGGCAAUGGCUGUGCCGUGUCUAGGCUGGAAGAGGCAAGUUCUCCACUGCCCACUCCUGCUGACCCUCUGCACGUCCUUCACCUCUCUGGACAAGGGCCUCUUCCCAAUUGUGCUUCAGGUCUUCCUAGCACAGCUUCUGAGGUCUUACAGCCAGUGCCUUUUAUUGUUCCAAGAAGCCCAACUGAACAGGAGGCUGAAGGAAAACAGGAAGAUGCACCCCUGAAGACUCCAGGCACCCUUCAGGUAUCCAUUCCAGCUUCUCAAGAUGCUUUUCUGUUGAUGUCCAUCCCCACACCGUCACAGCCUGAGUUGUCUCAUGAUACCUUUCUCCCGACUCCAAGCCUGGAGGAAGGCUGCAAGACGGAAGCAGGGAAAGGAGAAAGUUCUGAUGUCUCUGCACCGGCAGAUGGCUCUGAGGCUCUGGGGGCAGCCACAUCCCAGCCAGGGCUCCUAGAGACGGAUUGCCUUUUGGCCCUCUCUGCCAGUGAGGGCAGCCAGCUGACCGCAGGGGAGCAGGGGGGGGGCGCUGCAGCUGCUCCUUGUGCUUCGGUGGAGAAGCUUUGCUUGCCUGACAGCUGCGGGGAAUGGCAGGCUGAGGAGGACAGCCGGCCCUCACUCGUGCAGUCGGCAGGAAGCACUUGCGACGACCUUAGCAGUCGAGACAGCAUACCAAGCCAGACGUCUUUGCUUCCGGAGUGCGAGGCUGGCCCAGGGGCUCCCUGUGAGAAGCCGGGAGAAGUGAAAUUGCUGAGUGAUGGGCUUUCCCAGGAAAGAGCGGCAGCGGAACAAGCAGAGCGUUCCGUGGUUAGAGAAGCCCCUCCAAAGAGUGAUCCACGGGUGGCUGGUGAGCUGGCACUGGCUGGGUCAGGAAGGCCAGAGCGAGGUCCUUUGGACCAUCCCAGCGAGUCUGCACUCGAUGUGCAGAGCACCUGCCGAAGUAUUGAUCCUGGAAGGGUGCUGAAGCAGGCCAAUUCUGAGCCCCAGCCGGAGCGGGACAGUGGCCAGAUCCAGAGAAGAACCAGUAUUUUUCCCGGAGAGAUUCUGCAUGCUGACACCCCUCCAGAACCUCCCUUUCAUGUCUCGUUAGCGAAAGAGGGAGGUGCCCUUCAGCCCCUAACAGGCGUCACCCCCCCUCUUGUUGGCCAGCACAAGAAAGGCCCCAGGCACAGCACCCCCAUUGUGGUUGGAAACAAUUCGGACCACCCUGCUGUCGCUGUGGAUGGCACAGGCGGACUCUCGGCGGGGAGAGCUUUGGCUGGCGCUGCAGAAGUGGAGGAGAGCCGCCGAGGGAGUUCUGUGGUUGCCUGUGAGGAGGAAGGGGGGCUCUCUUUGCGCAGGACCCUGGUGACCCCCGUGAUGGAGGAGAGCGAUGAGCCACUGUCUUUCAGCUUAGAGAAGCCUGAAGCCAGGGAGAGGAAGAGCGGGCUGGCCACCACAAAGGAUCUCAGUUCUCAGAAAAUGCCGUCUGUGUUCACGCGAGUCUGUGGAACUCAACCGGAAGAAAAGGCUCUUGGUCCGGGACAGCCUUCUUCACUGUUCAGGGGUGACUUGUUCAAUUUUCCAAGUUCCCAAGAAGAAGAUGAGCCACCUCGAACCUGGCAGGACCCGCAGAAAUGUGUGUCCUUGGGUCGCAGACAAGUCCUGUCUUCCGAGCUGAUUGCUAAACAGCAGUUGGUAGGCUGCACCGAGGUGGGAGAGGCUGUGGAUGCUGAUGUUGCCCAAUUUCAGCAGGGGGAGAAUCGGGGGGCCCCAAAGAAGUCAGAGCCAGUGGUGGCAUUGGAACGGAAGACUGAUGUGCCAGAGUCUAGAUCCAGCAACUGCAGGAGCGCCCAGACAUUAGGAGAGCCACUUGAAGGCCCAGCAGGCUCGGUGUCCGCAGCCACACAGACAGCCUCUGCCAUUCAGGUGGAAACGGGCACCAGCAUGGCUUGUUCAGUGCCUCAGCAGUGCAGCACCAGCGCACAAACAGAGGAGGAGUGUGUGUGGCAGCCUGGAAGUGCCCCAGAGGCCCUGCACAGUCAGGAGGAAGAAUUUGAACUGCCCCACCCACCAGCAGGUAGAGUCCUACAACGCCAUGUGAGAACAAUUCGUGAAGUGCGCACUCUUGUAACACGGGUCAUCACAGAUGUGUACUACAAAGAUGGCAUUGAAGUGGAACGACAGGUGGUUGAGGAGAGGGAGGAGCCGCACGUGGAUUGCUGUGAGUGUGAGGUGGAAGUCUCCCCUUCCCGCACCGGGGCCUUUUCUCUGACCUCCGGGGACCUUGGAGAUAUCAGCUCCUUUUCGUCCAAGGCAUCUGGACUUCAGCGCACUUCUGGCGGAGGAAGCGGUGCUUUCUCGGCCACUCGUAGUGGCCCAAUCCCUGGCCAAGGGGUCGGGCUUCCUAAAGAGGGAGCGUUCCAGACGAGGGGGUCUCCAGACUUGGCCUUGCCUGUGGCCAGAAAGCCAAGCCCUAAGAAGGGGAGUGGCUGCUGCCCAGCCCUUCGUGACCAUGGCACUGCUGCAGUGUGUGAGGAGGGAGAAGACCCAGGCCCCGGCAGCCAGCAGUUUAGCAGUGUAUCUCUCACUCCCCGUGGGCGAGGGCGAAGGGGCCGCCCCACUUCCCGAUCAACUGGAACAAGGGGCACCGUGCUAACAGUAGCAGAACUUUCAACAGCCACCUCUUCGGGUGGAAAGCACAGCACGGGCCGACAUCUGGAGGGGCAGGAGCAGGCUGACACCUCUCUGCGCCGCAGCGGCUCCCCUGAAAUCCCUUUGCAAGAGCAGCCAAGCCUCUCUGAUCAUCCAGGGCUCUCUUCAUCUGGGAAUUGCCUUGUGGGCCUCCGGGUGGUGGCCAAGUGGUCAUCCAAUGACUACUUCUACUCAGGAACCAUCAUGCAGGAUGGUGGGGGGGCCAAAUAUAGGUUGCUCUUCGAUGAUGGCUAUGAAUGUGAUGUUUUGGCCCGGGAUGUCCUUCUGUGUGAUCCCCUCCCUCUGGAAACAGAGGUGACAGCUCUCUCGGAGGAUGAAUACUUCAGCGCAGGUGUGGUGAAGGGCCACCGGAAGGAGUCUGGGGAGCUGUUCUAUUGCAUUGAGAAGGAUGGGCAGCGGAAGUGGUACCGGCGGACAGCGGUCAUCCUGUCUUUAGAGCAAGGGAACAGACUCCGGGAACAGUUUGGGCUCGGCCCUCACCAGUCCACCACACCUCUGACCAGGGCGGCUGACAUCAGCCUAGACAAUCUGGUGGAGGGAAAGCGGAAGAGGCGCGGCAUUGGCUCUCCUGGCACCUCCAGCGGCAGCACCGCUCCCGUCCGCAAGAGCCCGGAGACCCCUUCCGGAAAAAGGAAGCUGGCUGCCGUCUCGGAAGAGGAGCAGUCUCCAGCUAAGCGAGGGCGGCGACUGGCUCUGCCCAAACUAGGGGCGGCAAAUGCCAGGGAGGGGGCAAGCCCGUCUGUCAGUGGGAGGAACUCGGGAGACCGCGUGGCACCUGAUAUCCGAUGGGGUCCUUUGCCUCAGAACAAAACCCUUUUUUUGGGCUAUGCCUUUCUUCUCUCAAUGGCAAACGCAACAGAUAAGCUUUCUUAUCAAAGGACUGCUGGGAGCAGCGAAGAAGAGGAAGAAUUCUUGGAGGCAAUACCUUACAACAAACCCUACAUUGAACUACAGCUGCAAGCAGGAGGAGGCUUCAUCCUAGAGGACUUCAAUGAAAGCCAGUGCAGCGCGGCUUAUCAGUGUCUCCUGAUAGCUGAUCAACAGUGCCGCACCCGGCAGUAUUUCCUGUGCCUGGCCCGGGGAAUACCAUGCGUGUCUCACAUGUGGGUCCAUGACAGUUGCCACGCCAAUCAGACUCAGAACUACAAGAACUACUUGUUGCCAGCUGGCUACAGCCUGGAGGAACAGAGGCUGCUGGAAUGGCAUCCACGAAAAAAUCCCUUCCAGAAGCUGAGGGUGCUCCUGGUAUCUGACGAAUCCCAAAAUUUCUUGGAACUCUGGUCUGAGAUUCUUAUGAUGGGAGGAGCUGCUUCCGUUAAGCAGCAGGAAUCAUCCACAUGGAAGAAAGAUGUGAGUCUGGGUAUGUUUGAUGUGGUGGUGACUGACACUUCCUGCCCAGCUGCCAUCGCGCAAUGUGCGGAAGCCUUACACCUGCCAGUGGUAACCCAGGAGUGGGUGAUCCAGAGUCUCAUCGCUGGGGAGAGAGUUGGAUUUAAGUAUCCAAAGUAUCAACAUGAUUAUGCCCCACGUUAAAACUCCCUUUUUGCUUUGUGGUGAUUUUCAUCCUCAUCUAGGUUUUAAAUUUUCCAUGUUGUUUGACCUAUGCAUGAAGUGCUUGUAUAUAAUUUUAAUGUGAACUUUUAUGAUAAAAUAAAUGUUGAUUUCUUA